AUGGGUCCUGAGGCUCUAACAGCGGUGCUGGCCGACGGCGCGCCCGUCCAGAGUGCCGCCGCAACCGUUCUCGCCGCCGGCGCUUCCCCUCGUGCGGCUGCAGCCGCGGUGCUGCCACUUCUGCUUGCGCAGCUGGCGGGGCUCAUUGCAACGGACGGCGGCCACGCGGCGGCUGAAGCGGAGGCGGCAGCAGCAGCCAAGCACAACAAAGACGGGUCCGGAUACGGCAGCGGCGACGGCGGUGACAACAGGGUGGCUGAGGGCCGCAAGUGGCGCCGGCUGGUGCAAACGCACAUGAAGGGCGGCUGGGCUGCGGCCGGCGGCGGCGGCAGCGGCGGCGCGGGGCUGCUGCUGCGCGCCCUGGGGGUCGCGGUUGUGGGCGGUGCUGGGGUGGUGGCGGGCGCGCUGGCGGUGUGGACCCUGGAGCCGGCAGCGAGCUUCGGCCUGGGGGGCUAUGAAUGGCCGGAGGCGGCGGUGUUUGUGAACGGGGCGUGGUGA